CAAGCAUCCGCCAAACGUCUUGGCACUCUGGUUGUUCUUGUGACGGUGGCCCCUUCUCUGAGCACACAUGGCGGCAGACGACACCAUCAUCAUCGGGGCGCCGAACCCCGUGGAGGGAAAGGCCAUCCCAGUCCCCUCCACUAAAGAACUGAACGAGAAGAUUAGGGAGACGCCUGAAGGCCCCGAGAUCGACAAGGCAGGAGCGCUCGACCCAGACAAUGCGAUCACGGCCGCCCCAUUGGCGUACGACAGUGAGGGAGAGAAGGACCGUGGCAGUGAGGACGCCAUCAUCGUCACUGCUACCGAUGCUGCUCUACACUUGCUACCGCUGCGCGACGAUGGCGAUCCUGCCCUCACCUUCCGCAGCGUCUUUUUGGCCAGCAUCCUCGCUUGCUUCCAGGCCGUGAUGUUCCAAAUCUACAUGUUCAAACCCACAGCCAUUACGAUCCAGGGUACUUUCAUCGUGCUCAUUGCCUACUUCUUGGGCAGGGGUUGGGCAGCAGUCUUGCCAAGAGGUGACAAGUUUGAGGCACGCUGGCGCGAACGCGGUGGCCAAGGAAAGCUCCCUCUCCACAUCGCCAUCAUCAAGUUCUUGAACCCUGGCCCGUGGGGCCUCAAGGAACAUGCCAUCUGCUCCAUCACUGCUACGUCUGCCUCGAAUGCGUCGGUCUCCAUUCAGGUCUUCACGGCGCAGAGUCUGUUCUACGACAGCUUCCCCAGUGCCACCACAGUGAUUUGCAGCAUCAUCUCUAUUGGCCUCUUUGGCUACGGCCUCUGUGGUCUCCUGCGGCCGAUCACAGUCUGGCACGUCGAAGCUGUGUACUGGAGCAACCUCCCCACAGUCAAGACCUUGCAGGGACUUCACUGGCAAGAGAUCUCCUCGUCCAAGCCACUGCGCUGGUUCUGGAUCGCUUUCGGUGGCAUGUUCGUCUGGGAGUGGUUCCCUGCAUACAUCUGGCCAUGGCUGAACUCGGUGUCAAUCCCGUGCUUGGCGUCAAUGAAUGCGACUGGCGACACUGCCACGACACUUACUCGCCUCUUCGGCGGCGCGACGAACAACGAAGGUCUCGGACUGUUCAGCAUAUCCCUGGACUGGCAAUACCUCACAUCCUUCCAAACAUCGUUGCCGCUCAAGCUUCAGAUCCACCAAGCGCUUGGCCUUUUCGUCUGCUUCAUAGUCAUGCUCGCCGUCUACUACGGAAACGCAUGGAACGCCCAGAGCCAGCCUUUCAUGUCGACGCGGAUGAGGACCGAAGAUGGGAAGAGCUACCCUUUGACCAAGGUCUUCACCAAUGGAAUCCUCGACCACGACGCGCUCGCCAAAUAUGGUCUUCCUCGCCUUACUGGCACCUUUGCCUACGGCCUUUUCAUGGCAAACGCUGCGAUCGGUGCACUUGCAGCUCAUUGCGUCCUCUUCUGGGGCGGUGACGUGAAAAGGGCGUACAAGAGCGCCAGGGAGGGCCGCUAUGACGACCGCCACCACGACUACAUGAGCAAGAACUACAAGGAAGCCCCUUGGUGGUGGUACGCUCUCACCAUGCUCAUCAGCUUUGUGCUUGGUCUCGUCGUCGUGCUCAAGGAAGACAUUACUCUCCCCGCAUGGGCCUACGUCGUCUCGUUGUUGCUCGGAAUCUUGAUCGCUCCCUUGAGCACAAUCUUGUACUCCCGAUUCGGAAACGGCAUUGCCACCAACAACUUGUCCAAGAUGCUGGCUGGUUUGCUUGUGCCAGAACGUCCCAUCGGCAACAUGUACUUUGCAGCUUGGUCCCACAACGUCAUCCUGUGUGCGGUCAACCUCUCUUCGGACUUGAAGAUGGGUGAAUAUUUGAAAAUCGGACCUCGCGUCAUGUUCCUCACCCAGGUCUGGGGUACAAUCCUCGGCGGGUUUAUCAACUACGUCGUCAUGGUCUCCAUCGUCACCGCCAACGCCGCUCUCCUCACCGACUCUGACGGCAACUCGUCCUGGAGUGGCGCCACCAUGCAGGCCUACAACACCAGUGCCACCUCUUGGGCCCUCGCGAGAUACCUCUACAGCGACGGCGGCAUGUACCUGAUUGUGCCCGUCGGUCUCGCAGUCGGCGCGGGCAUCGUAGCUGUGCAUCGCAUCGUGGCUUAUUUCUACCCUAAAAUCCGCGGAUUCGCCCUCGACGAGAUCAACAUGCCCCAGUUCAUCCAGUAUGCCGGCUACAUCCCCUACAACCAGUCGCAGACGUGCGUCAUCUUCAGCUGGACCAUCGCCGGCUUCUACGUGCAGUACUACCUGCGCAACUACAAGCCCCGCAUCUUCAAGGACUACUCGUACCUCGUCACCGGCGCGUUCGACGGCGCCAGCCUGACGGUGCUCUUCAUCCUGAGCUUCGCCGUCUUUGGCGCCGGCGGGCCCAGCGUGCCGUUCCCGAGCUGGUGGGGCAACAAUGUCGAUGGCAACUUAGACUUGUGUCCUGUAGGGGAAUAGAGUUGGGUAAGGGCAGAGGUGGGAUGGGAUAGGCUCAAGGAGGAAGGGCGGAAGGGGUCUGUUGGUUGUCUUCGUGUUGUAUAGUGCGGCGGGCCAGUCAAGACGUCUUAAUCCCCGAGCAGCUGAGGGCUUAUAUCAGCACUAGUCGCCGAUCAACCACUCGCCUGGUUGGUGGUUCCUGCCAAGGGCUAAUAGUCGUGCAGAUUGAAGAGAGUUUGGUUUUCCUUCAUGGUCGUUCAUUCUCAUUGGAACAAGUUGCCGUGCCUUAGCGCUUAGCGCGCGGGGUGCGAGGACUAGCGGAGGCGAAUGUCAGAUUAUGAUGCAGAGCAAAUGCAUGCUGGAAACAGGAUAUGAAACCUGCGAUGCCCCGUCGACUGUGAAUGCUGGCGUGGUGUCCCCUUCCCACUCACGAGAAUUCAUGCCUUGCGCGACUUGAUGCGCGACUUGAUGUUUCC